CCACGCCCACGGCGUGCGCGGGGCGGGGAGGGGAGGCUGCCGCGCGCCGCCGGCAUGGCGCUGCGCUCACGGCCCUGGUCCCGGCUGCUGCCCCUCGGCUGCUUCGCGCUGCUGCUGCCGCCGCCCGGCGCCGCCGAGUUCAGCCCCUCCCUGGACAGCGACUUCACCUUCACGCUUCCCGCCGGCCGCAAGGAGUGCUUCUACCAGCCCAUGCGCAAGGAGGCCUCGCUGGAGCUCGAGUACCAGGUUCUAGAUGGAGCAGGAUUAGAUGUUGAUUUUCAUCUGCUGUCUCCAAAAGGUGAAACUCUAGUUUUUGAUGAAAGAAAAUCAGAUGGAGUUCACACGGUGGAAACAGAAGAUGGGGAUUACAUGUUCUGCUUUGACAACACAUUCAGUACCAUUUCUGAAAAGGUGAUUUUCUUUGAACUGAUCCUGGACAAUAUGGGAGAAGACGGACAGGAUCAGGAAGACUGGAAGAAGUACGUUACAGGCACAGAUCUCCUAGAUAUGAAAUUGGAAGACAUUCUGGAAUCCAUCAACAGUGUCAAAGCCAGAUUAAGCAAAAGUGUCCAGAUUCAGACCCUGCUGAGAGCGUUCGAGGCUCGUGACCGGAAUAUACAAGAGAGCAACUUUGACAGAGUGAAUUUCUGGUCCAUGGUCAACUUGGGAGUAAUGGUGGUGGUAUCAGCUGUUCAGGUUUACAUGCUGAAAAGUCUUUUUGAAGAUAAGAGGAAAAGUAGAACUUAAUAUUCAGUAUAAGUAUAACAACGUAACAGGUAUGUGGGGGAGGGGGAGCAAUAAACUAUUACAGUAAAGACAAAAAAAAAAAAAGAGAAAAACAUGACCUUUCAGAUUAUUUUGAACAGGCAGGUUUUCAAUUCAUGUUGGGCUUUUUGGUUGUUAUAUGGUGGUGGUCCUGUUUUGGUAUUGUUUUUUUAAAACGAACAGAAUGCCUUGCCCCGAGCUCUUCCGUUUUUGUAAGUGCUACUAACAAUAUUUUUUUUUUGUACUUGUAGCAUUUGUUAAUGAUUGUUAAUAACUAACUUAUGCAUAGUGCACAGGAUGCUUGGUGCAUAUGCAAAGCAAUGUUAGUACUGUCAUUUUUUUCACAUUCACGUAAAACUUAAAAUGGUAACUUAAACAUUGGUUUAUUUGCUGUUAAAAAUUGGGUGAAUGUACAUGAAUUUACAGGAUUGGGGCCCACAGGGGUAGUCUGUAGUAACUGUCAUUUAUCUUCAAAGUCACGUGUUUUUAAAAAUUCUCAACUUUUGUUGUACAGUGUCAUGGAGAAACACUGGGCUAACGUUGUGAGAACAAAAUGAGAACUCUUUUUAUAUAGCUGACUAACAUCUGCACUUUAAAAAAGCAUCAACGAUGUGAAAUUAAAUCAGUGUUGAAAAGAAUCAGAUAAUAUAGGUGCAAUUCCUGUUCAUAAAUAGUUCUGUCCUGUAGUUGUACAACCCUAUUUUCCUUUUUGGCUGUUACAUGAGAUACAGGAGACAAGUGACUAUAUGGUAUACAAACAAAUGCACACACACAUUGAAGUAUGGUUUGCAAACUGUUAGUUACUGUAACCUCAUGUAAUAGAUAAUUUUAAGAUGUUAUUUCUCAUAUUAUUCUUUCCCUUUAAUAAAGGGAAGGGUGUCACAGUAUGUGAAAGCAUUACCUUAACUUUAAUUUUUGUAGUCUCAAAAUUUCUCUUAUUUGUCAAUUUAUUUUUGUUAGGUUUUGUCUACUAUGCAUAUGACUAAUGCAGCAGUUAAUAGAAUGACCUACAUAGGCAUGAAAAACCAAAGCUGUUCACCUGAACUUUCCCUUUUUGCUCACCCUCACAAGUCUUUUAGCUGUGUAAGUACACUCAGUUCCUAUGAGCAGUGUUUCUAUAUCUAGCUAUUUAUAUGGGUAAGGCAUGAAUUACAUAAGCAAUAAAUACAGGCUUCAAAUUUUAGGAUCAACUGAAUAUGUAAUAUCACUUAACUAAGGUAGAGCUAUCCUCAAAUCAGUAAUCUCUGAUUUCUAGAUGAAGUGGCUUUUAAUGGUGUAGUGAGGGUGUGGGGAAGUUUUUCCAGAACCCCUGGUGUGUGAGAAUUAACAUUUUUUUAAUAGUUCAACGUCUGUCAUUUUUACAAUGUGCCAAGUCACUGAAAUUUCCUGUAUAAAUGUGUUAAACUACAUUUCGUCACAAAAGUGUUUUAUAAAAAGGGUACGUAUUAGUGUUCUGUCUGUUCUUGGGUCAUCUGGGUAUGAACAGCAGAACUGCCGCUUUGAAACUUUAAUUAAAAAUUAUUUUAUGGAGAUAAAACAGGGUUAAUAGAUACAUGAAGAAACACUUAGUUCAAAUGAAGCAGAUGCUAGCAAGGGCUACAGUACAUAAAAACAGCACUUCAGCUUCAGACAAUGGGACCUAGCAAUAAUAUUUCUAAGUAGUUUUUAUAAGUAAAGGUAUUAUUCCUUAUGGAACUUGUUAUAGAGGGCUCCAGAGGCUGUUGAGUUACUUUUUCUUUCUGCAAAGUUGUGUCCAAAGUAAGAAUGUUUACCUUAACGGUUCUGCUUCCCCUCCCCCCACAAUGAUGCUUUCUAUUCUGAACUGCCUGGAAUGAGAAAGCUUAUUUCUGUGAUUAAAACAAAGUCUAGGAAAAAUUAAUUCUUUCUGCUAGAGUGGCAAAUAAUACUUUUCUGCCAUUUCCCUGUACAGCUCCCAGUAACAAUAUACCAUGUAUCUAGGUCAGGGCAUAAGCCAAAGCUCCCUGAAGUCAACUUCCAAGGUUUUGAUCAGGUCCCUGCAGGACAGGUAAAUAAGAUUCUUAGGGCUUUGCCCCUUCUGCUAGAAGAGGAGAUCUAUCUUCACUUGCCUCACCUAAGUGUGAUGCUACAAACCAUCUGCAAAAUACUGAACCAGCUCUGCGAAGCUGUGACUAAGACAUCUACCUCUCCUAUCAAAGCUACUACAUGCCAGAUUUCAGCUUAGACCUCCCACAGAUGAGCUUUGCCACGUCUUCCAAGGGCACCUCAAGAGAGUAGGUUCCCUCGCUGCUCUGCUGUGCCUCUCUGACAGUGGUUAUACAUCCAGCGGCAAAACAGUGUGGUGUAUUAGCUUAAGCUGCUACUGAAUGGAGACUUCUCUGAUCAAAGAACUGAACUGCAGCAGUUUCUGUGAUUACAAAUAGCAGUCUCUGGUAGAAAGAAAAUAAUGCAACAAUUGUCAGCAGAGUUCACCAGGAAGAAAUUAAUAUUUUGCAACUAAGAGCUCUGACUAUUUUUUCCCCAUUCAAGGUUCAUUAUAGAAAACAAAAUGGAAUAAUUAUAAAGGUAACUGCGCUUUGACUUUGGCAGCUGGAAUAUGUUUGUUAUACGUGAAAGAUCUGGCAUUUAAACUUGCAGCAAAAUAAAAUGUCAUCUGGAUUUUGAAGAGUAGGUUGCUUUCAAUUGUAUAAAAUUUACAAAGGAAAAUAUAAAUCUACCUUUUUUAUUCAAAAUUAAAUGUUUUAAGACUUGCGGAUGUUGAAUAAAGUUAUGCAAAACUCUUGAGAUUUUCAAUAAAUUAAGUUUAAACCUG